AUGCCUCGCAGGAAGCCAGAGUUUGGUAUGGAAACUUUCGGCACAGAAUCAACAGAUGCUAUUGCACCAGCAGUUGUAGAACAGGGACAGCAGGAGUCAACGGAAAGUGCCACCAAUGCUCAACAGGGCGAAAACGGACAGAGCGCAACUCAGUAUCCACAGGACGGCUCCACUACAAACAUCAAUGUAUCGACAGCAACUGUUGAAAAUGGAGGGAGCGCACAGCCUACGCAGAAUGAGCAACGACCAACGCAGCACAUGCAGCAGCCUCAGCAGAGUGUACCGAGUCCAGGCGUCCUGUCAUUGUAUGCGCUACAAUAUGCGAACAGUAGUUACUUCCGUCGUGAUCCGUCAUUAAUGGGCCUCAGGACUCCCAGUACUCCUGCCACUCCUGGCUCCACAGGUCUAGCGACCUCUCAUUCAGCACAGACAUCUUACUUCCCUGCCACACCGGCCAGUGGAAAUACCAUCGCUACAAGAUCGAUGUUCGGUGGAUGUCCAAAACACCAUUACAAUCCUCACUUCGAAGAAACGGCCAUCAAUAGCGGGCUCGAUAGCAGUGAGCAGUCAUCAUCACCGAUUUUCAAAAAUCUCGGGCAUUAUACCUCUGAUGUACCUGAAAUGAAACGACAGCGGCAUAUCAGAUCCGAGAUACUCCCCACCAUUAUCACCAAUUCCUCAUCUCAAGGACCACACCGUCACCCCUCUUCUCAAAUAUCUUCUGCCCUUCAGACCCCUGCCAUCUUUGGACAGUGCAGUGAUCACCAAGCUUUCGCAGCUGCAGCCGCAGGAUCAGGAUCAGGAUCAUACCCCACGCCGGUCACCAGUGCCGCGACUCCCAGAAGCCCUAACUCUAUGAGCGAAUGGCGCAUGAUGCAAAUGCAGCUCCAGCAACAGGACGAGGUAUAUUUCUCUUUGGCAUUACCAUCUGUGAGCACUAUGUCGCUCAACACCCUGAGCUCACACAUGUCGAGUUCGUAUUCGACAUCUGCACUGACGCCCAUCGCCGUCGGCGGUGGGACCGUCACAGCCUCGGCAUGUUCCUGCUGCGAUUGCAAUUCCAACAACAGCUCUCCUCCUUCUACACGAAUAUGCAUUGCCCAGAGCCCAGUUUCGGCGACACCAACAUUUGGGGCCCAGGUGUCAGGACUGGAUAGUGUAACUCAGCACCACAGCAUUUUGUUACCUACAAGUUCGUCGAGAAGCUACUUAUCUGCUACUGAGAGUUCCAAAGUAAACGGCAGUAAGCGGCAAUCAUGGAUCGGGGGCAGCAUCCACCAGUACCGCCAAAACUAUUCGUUUCAUCAGGCGCAAAUGCACAGUCACUGUAGUGCCAGCACCAUCAGCGGCGGCUGCUUGUCCAAUCAGGACGCGUGCGCACAGGGCACACCGCACGGACACGGACUUGGAUUAGUCCAGGCGCCGCUCGCAACCUUUCGAUUUGAAUACGCACCCAGUUUGGUCGACCCAUCCGAGUUUGAGCAUUCAUCUCAACAUAAUACUCUUUAUCAUCGCCAUGGCGGCAGCGGCAUCGAUAACUAUGGAUCAAGUCCUGCAGGAACAAAGGCGCCAUGA